UGUUCACAGCUGGUGUGUGUGAGAGACAGGACAGGUGGUCCAGGGUCUGCAGCUCUAAACAACACUGUCCUCCAGUAGAUGAUCAGCAGAGGUGAGGGAACCCAGAGGACCAUCAGCUGAAGGUGUGCUGACCUGUGUGUGUGUGUGACGUGUGCAGGUAUGACCUCCACCUGGGACCUCCUGGACAUAACCGCAGGGGAGCUGGUGCGCAUCCUCAGGACCCCCCGGGACCAGUGCGCGUCCUCCGGCUGUGUGGUCCUGGACUGCAGGCCCUUCCUGGACUUCUCGCUGACCCACAUACGCGAGUCCCGGAACGUCAACUGGAACUCGGUGCUGCGCCGCAGGUCCAAGGGCUCCGCGGUGGCUCUGGAGUGGCUGGUGCCGGACAAGGCGUUCCUGGGCCGGCUGCGGAGCGGGGAGUGGAGCCCCGUGGUGGUGGUGGAUGAGAGGAGCGGCUCCGCGGACGAGCUGAAGCCGGACAGUGUGGCCCACAUGCUGCUCGCAGCCCUGGGCGGUGAGGUCCGCUCCAGCAUCUGCUUCCUGCAAGGAGGAUUUGAGGGCUUUUCCGAGGCCUAUCCAGAGCUGUGUCCCAGCAGUAACAUGUGUACAGCUGAAGCAGAGCCCACAGCCACAGGCCGGAGGACGCCAGCGUAUGAUCAGGACGGUCCGGUGGAGCUCCUGCCCUUCCUGUUCCUGGGCAGUGCCGUCCACUCGUCCCGCAGAGACACCCUGGUGGCGGCGGGCAUCACGGCCGUGCUCAACGUUUCCUCUUCCUGUCCGAACUUCUACGAAGGCGAGUUUGAGUACCUGAGGCUGACGGUGGAGGACAGUCUGGCUGCUGACAUCAGAGCGUGCUUCUCCACAGCCAUCGCCUUUAUCGACUCGGUGAAGCACCGCGGCGGUCGGGUGCUGGUGCACUGCCAGGCUGGGAUCUCCCGCUCCGCCACCAUCUGCCUGGCCUACCUCAUGCACACCCAGCGCGUCCGACUCGACGAGGCCUUCGACUUCGUGAAGCGGCGGCGGCACGUCAUCUCCCCAAACCUGGCCUUCAUGGGACAGCUGCUGCAGUUCGAGACCGAUGUCCUCUGUCAGGGCUGACGGACUCCUCUGUCAGGGCUGACGGACGCAGGAAAUGAAGCUGACUGCACUUUCAAAGGAGCCGUCCUGCCUCUGGUGGGCGUCCUGCUGGACUCUAAGCAUCAUGGGCAUUAUCAGGAUGUCAGUCAUGCGUACAAAAACACUGUGUGCUUUAGAUGCACCUUCCAGUAAAAGUCCGCUCCACUCACCUCAGAUCAUGCUGGGAUAAGCAGGAGCUACCUGUUAACUACAGGUGAACUCAUGUGUCGAGUAAUGGCAGAACAAUCCAGUAGUAUUUACUAAUGCUGAUCAUAUUAACUAAAAUAUUAAAUUACUUAGAUUCAUUAACAUUGCCGGUAGUUAAUUCAGUAAGAAGCAAUAACAAGUUAAUUAAAGGUUAUCUAAUGAGUCUAAGCUAAUUUUGAUGGUACUUAUUUUAUGAAAGGUAUUCAUUUACACAUUGAAAUUCAUGAAGAGGCUGUGAGUGGUUAAUAUACUCAAACAUCUGAAGAGUUCAGAUUUAAUUAAUACAAUAUUAAGGAGUAACUCUACACAAAUGUCUUUUGAACAUUUAUUAAUGGAUUACAUGUUAAUUUAGAUUCUAACUAAUAUAAAUGAACGGUAACAUUUAUGUGAUGAAUGAAACAGUGUGAUUAAGACAAAUUUCUUCUAUGAAUUUAUUUAAGAGUAUUUAUAUUUGUCUGUUCAGAGUCAGUGAUGACCAUGACCUAAAUGCUGUUAAUGGACAUCUUGCAGAAGUUGGUACUUUGUUAAUAUGACCACAUUAGUAAAUGGUUCCUGGACACAUGAGUUCAUGUGUAUUUUUACUCCCAUACCUAAAGUUCGUUCACGUCUCCUUUGUGUUCAAGCUCUAACGUGUUUACAUGAGUGCAGUGGGCGCUUGUGCUCGGGUCGCCGACUGCAGCUGCUAACCUCAGUUUGUACUUUCAGAAGAAACUAGAAGCUGAGAACGCAGACAUCUACUGUCAGUGAAAAUGUCACUGAAUGACCAUGAACCCAACUGACUGGGAGCCCCAGCAGCUGGUGCUUCUUCAGGGAAGUUCAGCCUUUUGUGUUUGUGUGCAUGACAGGUCAUUGGACUGUGUGCCUCUUUUGCAAGGGCUGUCUAACUUUUAUAAUGACAGUUUAUUCCUUCACAUUUAGAACCACUGUGACACAACAUGUCUGUUUGAGACACAACUGUGUUUACUACGUAGGGCAAUAAUUCCACUUUAUUUGUAAUUUAUUAAAACCUUGUCCUGAGAUCGAAUACACUUACAGACUGGAAGAAUUUGUUUUUAACAUGUAAAUAGAAUUUUUAUCUUUAUUUAUUUAAAAAUUGGUUUGACUUUACUAUUAUUACUGUCUUUUGCACUUUAAAUGUACAAAUGAUUCCUGCUGUUUUUCCAGUUAUAAAAUUAUGCCAAA